AGGAAAAGGUACCAUUGCCCACUCUCCUCAAUUCCGCCGCAGAGACCCUUUCGCACGUAUAUAAAGAGGGAUCAUCGCCUGCUGUUUUUUGCCCGCGGUAAGCGUCUUGCUUGAGUCGGCACGUAGGUUUCCUGUAACUUGCAUUCUUUCUCUUUGCCCAACCUUCCUUCUCCAUCCUCUGUUCGAGACUCGAGAGAUCUACCGCUCCUGGCCACGAACAUCAUGUCCGCCGUUCCUAACCUCCCCGAGCCGAUCCACCAGAAUGGCACCCUCGAACACGACCUCGAUGCAGUACUUGAUCAGGCCCUCCCGAAAACAAAGCGCAUAGAUUCGCCUACUCAAGCAGGCUUCAGCACUGCCUCUUCAAACAAUGCCUCAAGCACAGGCUUCAAACUUCACGACACAGUGAUUGAGAAUCAACGACCCCUCAAAGUGAUCGUAGUGGGAGCAGGAUACUCCGGCAUCUACCACGGUAUCCGCAUCCCGGAACGUCUACGCAAUGUCGACUUGACCAUCUACGACAAGAAUGCUGGAGUGGGAGGAACUUGGUUUGAAAAUAGAUAUCCAGGUUGCGCUUGCGAUAUUCCUUCACACUCGUACCAAUACUCCUUCAACCCGAAUCCAAACUGGAGCAGCAUGUACUCCCCAGCCCCCGAAAUCCAAGCCUACCUCGCAUCAACCGUGAAGAAGUACUCAGUCGACCGCUUCAUAAAACUGCAACACGAGAUCAAAAGCUGCAACUGGGACGCCAACACUUCAAAAUGGAAAGUCAAGGUCAAAAAGCUGGACACCGAUGAGGAAUUUGAGGAUACCAGUGAUGUGCUUAUCAUGGCAAGAGGAGGCUUGAACCACAUCGCCUGGCCACAGAUUGAUGGACUAAGGAGUUUCAAAGGCGAGAUUAUGCAUUCGGCGGCUUGGAAUCAAGAUUACGACUUCACGGACAAACGCAUCGGCGUAAUAGGCAGCGGCUCCUCAGCCAUUCAAAUAAUCCCUUCCCUCCAACGACUGCCAAAGACGCAAUUAUCCUGCUUCAUCCGCAGUCGCACCUGGAUAUCCCCUCCCUUCGGCCAAGCCAUCCAAGACGAACUAGGCAUGGAUGGCUUCACCUUCAGCGAAGAACAGCGCAAAAAGUUCCAAUCCGACCCCGACCAUUUCCACGCCUUCCGCAUGAAGUUAGAAGAAGGCGGAAACGAAAUCCACGCCUUGACGAUAAAAGGCACGGAAAUGCAAAAGGGGGCCCAGAAACACUUUGAAGAAAACAUGAAGCAACGACUAGCCAAAAAACCAGAGAUUUACGAAUGGAUAAAACCGGAUUUCGCUCCUGGGUGCAGACGCCUUACCCCUGGUCCUGGCUUCUUGGAAGCAUUGGUUGAAGACAACGUCUCAUUCAUCCGCGAUCGCAUCGCCAGAAUCGACGAUGAAGGCAUAGUGACCGAAGAUGGCAAACUCCACUCAAUAGACGUGCUAGUCUGCGCAACUGGUUUCCACACUGGAGCUCCCCCACCCUUCCCUGUGACUGGAAUCGAUGGAGUGGAAUUGACGCAACAUUGGGACCAACGCGCGACUUCCUACCUCUCCCUCGCCACUGACGGCUUCCCAAAUCUCUUCAUGAUGCUGGGACCGAAUUCCGCCAUCGGCAGCGGAUCCCUGACGAUGAUGAUCGAAAGCGUGGGCGACUAUGUCAUCAAAUGCAUCCGCAAAAUCCAAAAAGAAAACAUAUCCUCCAUGGUCGUCAAAUCCUCACGCGUAGCAGACUUCCUAGCCUACUCAGACGCGUACUUCAAAAACACAGUAUUCAUGGAUGAAUGCAAGAGUUGGUACAGAAAGGGCGAUAUUGUCACUGGGUUAUGGCCUGGUAGCACGUUACAUUGUAUAGAAGCGUUGAGGAGUCCGAGGUGGGAGGAUUUCGAGUAUGGAUAUGCUGAGGAGGUCAAUCAGAUGGCUUGGUUGGGGAAUGGGUGGAGUACUAAUCAGUUGGAAGGAAGGGAUUUGGCUUUCUAUCUGAUGCCGCAGUUUCAGCAGGUGCCGGUGUCACCGUUGCCGGAGGAUAAUGGGGAGUUUAAGAUUAGGGCGUGGUCGCAGUAGAGAAGUUGAGGAGUUGUGAUGAUGUUAAUGAUAGCUUGUUUGCCUUUGUCUUCUUCGCUUCAUGUCGCCUUUACUUCGAUACUUUCUGUUUCUGUUGCUGUGUGUCUCUCGGACAUGUCAAUUCUGAUGAAUGUCAGCGAAAGGUCCUUCUCCCAAGUUUGCUCCACAAGCCUUCGUCUCGAACACUCCAAAUCCCCCUCCCAACCAACCACCAAUACCCCCCAACAAUCUACACCACUCCCAUCC